AUUGAGCUCCUCUUAGCGGUUCUCUCUCACCAUGACUACAUUACCGUAACAUUUGAAUAUUGCGGUUUGUUCCAGUCUGUUGUAAAUUAUCCAGGAUUUAUUUGACAUUAUAAAUCUUUUUUCUUUCUUUUUGUCGCUUUUAGCUUGGGAGCUUCCCGCAUAGUCAGUGUGUAACAGGAGACGGACUAGAGGACGCGCCAUUGGAGAAAGAGGAGCCAGGCGCCGACCAGCUGAUGUGAUGAUGAGCUCCGAGAUGCUCUCACUCUGCCCUCGAGGCGGGUGGAGGGCGAGGAUUAGAGGAAUGGAGAUAGGUGUACGCUUCCGUUAUUAUUUCCAGCACCCGUGGUUGCGCCUGAUCGUAGCCUACCUCGUCACCUUCUUCAACUUCCUCGUCUUCGCCGAAGACCCCGUAUCCCACAGCCAGACGGAGGCACACAUAAUAGUUGUGGGAAACUGUUUCUCCUUCAUACUGAAUAAGUAUCCGGGUGGAGGGUGGAACGUCCUGAAGGUACUGAUGUGGAUUCUGGCGAUCAUCACAGGACUCAUUGCUGGGAAAUUCUUCUUCCAUCGAAGGGUGUUUGGUCGGUUCCUACGACUGAAGAUGUUUCGUGAGGACCAUGGCUCCUGGAUGACCAUGUUCUUUAGCACUAUCCUUUUCCUCUUCAUCUUCUCUCACAUCUACAACCUCUUCCUCCUCAUGACUGAAGGCAUGAGCACUCACAUGGUCACAGAGUACAUGGGCAUAAGGAAUGAGAGCUUUAUGAAAAUGGCUGCCGUCGGUACGUGGAUGGGAGACUUUGUGACUGCGUGGAUGGUGACAGACAUGAUGCUGCAGGACUCGCUGUACCCGGACUGGGGACGAGCAGCUCGCCGCUUCUGGAAACAGGGCCACAACAGAAUUGUGCUCUUCUGGACAGUGUUGAUUUCCCUGACCUCUGUGGUGGUAUUGGUUAUCAGUACAGAUUGGAUUAGCUGGGAUCAUCUGAACCGAGGGUUCUUACCUAGCGAUGAAGUGUCUCGAGCCUUCCUCGCCUCCUUUAUUCUCGUCUUUGACCUCCUCAUCGUCAUGCAGGACUGGGAGUUUCCUCAUUUCAUGGGGGAUUUGGAUAUGAACCUACCCGGUCUGUCGACAACUCAGAUAAAAUUUAAACUCCCGGUCUGCAAGCGGAUCUUCAAGGAGGAGUAUCAUAUACACAUCACGGGUAAAUGGUUUAACUACGGUAUCAUCUUCUUGGUCCUCAUUCUUGAUUUAAACAUGUGGAAGAACCAGAUCUUCUAUAAGCCUUAUGAGUAUGGCCAGUAUGUUGGACCAGGAGAGAAGAUAUUCACAGUAGAGGAGCCGGACACACUUAGCCACUUCAACCGCAGCACUUUAACAUGGGACUGGCGAUCGACUAACGUAGACCCAGGCACCAACCUCACGUACAUCCACAGAGACAUGUUCCUCCACAGCCGCUACACCGGUGCCAGCCUAGAUGUCAAAUGCUUAGCAUUCAUUCCAAGCUUAGCUGCCUUUAUCCUCUUUGUCUUCCUUAUUUGGCUUUUCGGACGUUUCCAGGACAGCGAGACGUUUUUGGAAAGCCAGGACAAGACGUACGAGCGCAUCAAACGUAAGUCGCCCUCGGAUUUCGGCGUCACACCUGAGGACGUACACGUAUCGAUGAACGAGACCUUGAGAAGGAGUGGCAAUCCGAUGUUGCUGCUAGUGGACACUCAUCAUUUUGGGUCCUCUACUAACUCCAUAUCCCCCUGUUCUAAUGAGACCCAAGAGACGCAUCCUAGCAGCUCCGGAGAUAAAGCUGCAUGUGCCGAAGCUGCAGAUGUUAACAAACUGACUCCAUAACCUUAAGCAAAGCUAAUAUAAACUCUGGAGAGUUGAGUUCUGUUUCUGCUGAGCUCCUCCAACUCCAUCUUUGCCUUGAUGGGAUCGUUAAUGAUGGCCAAGUCAAUAACUGUACACAUGACUCUUAACACCGCCUGCAAAGAGACAUCAUAAGCUGGCAGUUAAAUUCUUCAGAGACCUGCUUGGAAAAACUCGUACUAGAGGAGAUGGUUUUUUUUUCUAUAUUUUAAUAAUAAGCUUUUCAAGACAACACAAGUGGCAAUGAAAAUUUUGGUACUUCUAAUAGUUCGACUUUCCUUUCAUUAGAAUAUUACGUAUGGUUCAAAGACGCUUAACAUUUUAUUAUUUUUUUUUUACAUAUUUUUAUUGCGCUACUUUGGUGCUUACAUGGAAACUCUGUUUAUAAACCGAGCGCAUGGCAAAACAGUCACGAGGAACAUUCGGCAAGAAAAAUCCGUGCCUUCGGUAGCAGUGUCCAUUAACGGGCAAUAGAAUUAAAGGUCUUUUGAGACGUCAUUACGUUAUACUGAUGUUAUGCAAUACGGUGUUUUCACAAUGUGUCUUGUUUUUUUUUUUUCAAUUAUGAUGAAUUAAAACAAUUUGUUAAAAAAAAUAAAUAAAAUAAAAUAAUUCAUAC